AAAACCCAAAAAAACAAAAUUCGCCAAAAGCUACUAUCGGCGCCAUGGGAAUCAUUUUGGUUUUGGUCUUCUUUUUUGAAACACAAAUUUUCCUACCUAUUCUGUUAUAUAAAAAAGAAAACCCAUUCACCAAUUCUCACUCAUUCACAAACCCUAACUUUCUCAUCCUCUUUCUUUCAUAGCAACACUUCACUACACUCUGAAAGAUGGAGACUCGCGCAUCAAAGAAAAGAGCCAACACCAAUCAACAACCUCCACAUGUCAUCGUUCCCAAAAGACAGAGGGUUGUUUUGGGUGAAUUUCCAGAUCUCAAUCUUCCUGAUUUUGAUUACCAACCUACUCAGAAACUCCAAUGUCCCAAAAAUCCCAAUCUCAACAAAUCAAUCUCAACCCUACCUUUCCUUAAUUCCAAUUUGGAUAAGCCUUAUGUAUCAGACAUAUUCGAUUAUCUUCAAACCAUGGAGAAAAAGAGAAGACCAAUGUUUGGUUAUAUGGAGAAUGUUCAAAGAGGCAUUACAUCAAACAUGAGGGGCACAUUGGUUGAUUGGUUGGUUGAGGUUGCAGAUGAAUACACGCUUCUUCCAGAAACCCUUCAUCUCUCUGUUUCAUACAUUGAUAGAUUCUUAUCUAACCAACCUAUCAUUAGAUCUAAGCUUCAGUUGCUUGGUGUUUCAUCCAUGCUCAUUGCAUCGAAGUAUGAAGAAAUCACCCCACCAAAGGCCAUAGAUUUCUGCCAAAUCACUGAUAACACAUAUGAUCUUGACGAGGUUUUGAAGAUGGAAGCUGACAUACUCAAAACCCUGAACUUUGAAAUGGGCAACCCUAAUGUCAUCACAUUUCUAAAGAGUUUUGUUGGGAUUGCUUCUGAGAAUCAAAAGACUUCCAAUUUGCAGUUUGAAUAUCUGUGCAAUUAUCUUGCCGAUAUAAGCCUGCUGGACUAUGAAUGUAUAAGAUUCAUGCCUUCAAUUGUGGCUGCUUCUGUUAUCUUUCUUGCUAGAUUUAUUCUCCGGCCUGGAGUACAUCCUUGGACUUCAUCCCUAUGUGAAUGUCUGGGUUACAAGUCGGCUGAAUUGGAAGAAUGUGUUAUGAUUUUACAUGACUUGUAUUUGUCAAGAAGGGCAGCAUCCUUCAAAGCUGUUAGGGAGAAAUACAAGCAACAAAAGUUCAAAUAUGUGGCAAACCUCCCUAGCUCGCCAGAGAUACCAAAUUAUUACUUUGAAGAAGACUGAUGCAGUGUGAAUAACUUAGUGAAUGACUGAAUGUGGUUCAUGACUGACAAAUAUAUUUUUGGUGGCUAUGCGGUUUAACAAUCAACUUAAUUAGCUCAAGCAUAAUUAUAUGAUAUUCCAGUCACUGCCUGCUAAUUUUUUAUGAUAAUCUUAAUGACCAAGUUCCUUUGUGUUCAAGUUGUCACUUGUUAAUACAACCUAUGCUUUUGGGGUCUUGUCUUUGAUAGGGUAUACUACAUUGGUUAGUGAAACUUAAAGUGUUGUUUUAUUGUUUAUGAUUUGUAUGGUUGAAGUAUAAUUGA